AUGGUCCUCCCUGUCUUCCUGCGAAGUUGGAUAGCAGCCCCAGAGGUGAUCUCCCCAUGGAAGGUCUAGGUUGGUGUCCUCCCAGCUGCUCCAGGAUUCCACAACCCGGAGUCGGCUCGCGCCUGCCACCUGGUGUCACGUCCCACCUACUGCCUAGAAACCACGUGUAAGAAAGUGCUUACAACCUAACUACGCACGUUGGUUUCGACCGGCCCUAACCAAUACGGACAGGGAAGGCGGGGCAGAGGAAAGCAAAAGCCCAAUCACCUCCUACUUUCCAAGGAGAAGGUGGAGCUUGGUAUUUACCAUGUUGGGUUUGUCCGCAGCGCUAAUUACUUUUUCCAAAGGCUGCAGGACUUCACUUCGGCUGGCGUUGCCGCCUCGCGCGCCCCUGCUCUGCCACUACGGUCUUGGGGGCUGCUGGUCCCGAGGACCAUGUGUGACGGAGCCCUGCUGCCCCCUCUCGUCCUGUCCUUGCUGCUGCUGGUGUGGGGGCUGGACCCGAGCACAGCUGUCGGCGACGCGGCGGCCGACGUGGAGGUGGUGCUCCCGAGGCGACUGCGCCCCGACGACCUGCACCUGCAGCUGCUGCCGGGAGUAGCGGGGCUCCGGCGGUGGCGGCGACCGCAAGCAUCUCCAGGUGGCCCUCGUGCGGGGCCGGGAGAGCACGCCCUGUUGCUGCACCUGCCGGCCUUCGGACGCGACCUGUACCUGCAGCUGCGCCGCGACCUGCGCUUCCUGUCCCCGGCCUUCGAGGUGGAGGAGGCGGGCGCCGCGGGGAGCAGCGGACACCCUGCCGAGCUGUGCUUCUACUCCGGACGAGUCCUGGGCCACCCGGGCUCCCUCGUCUCCCUCAGCGCCUGCGGCGCCUCCGGCGGCCUGGUUGGCCUCAUCCAGCUCGAGCAGGAGCAGGUGUUCAUCCAGCCCCUCAACAACUCAGGAGGCCCAUUCAGCGGAAGAGAGCAUCGGAUCAGACGCAAAUGGUCCUCCGCCCCCAGCCGGUCCACCGAGGUCCAGGAACCCAGGCCGCACUGCAGAGUAGUGACAGAAAAGAAGCCCAGGAGGGACAAGCCAUCGCGGGACUGGAGGGAGCGGAGGAAUGCCAUCAGGCUCACCAACGAGCACACGGUGGAGACCCUGGUGGUGGCCGAUGCCGACAUGGUGCAGUACCACGGGGCAGAGGCUGCGCAGAGGUUCCUCCUCACUGUCAUGAACAUGGUAUACAACAUGUUUCAGCACCAGAGCCUCGGGAUUAAAAUUAACAUUCAAGUCACCAAGCUGGUCCUGCUGCGACAACGCCCGGCCAAGUUAUCCAUAGGGCACCAUGGCGAGCGGUCCCUGGAAAGCUUCUGCCACUGGCAGAAUGAGGAGUAUGGGGGCGCACGGUACCUUGGCAAUAACCAGGUACCAGGAGGGAAGGAUGAUGCGCCUCCUGUGGAUGCCGCUGUGUUUGUGACCAGGACAGAUUUCUGCGUUCACAAAGAUGAACCGUGUGACACUGUUGGAAUUGCUUACUUAGGAGGCGUGUGCAGCGCUAAGAGGAAAUGUGUGCUUGCCGAGGACAAUGGUCUCAAUUUGGCCUUUACCAUCGCCCAUGAGCUGGGCCACAACCUGGGAAUGAACCACGACGAUGACCACUCAUCUUGUGCCGGCCGUUCGCACAUCAUGUCAGGAGAGUGGGUGAAAGGCCGGAACCCUAGCGACCUCUCUUGGUCAUCCUGUAGUCGAGAUGACCUCGAGAACUUUCUCAAAUCCAAAGUCAGUACCUGUUUACUGAUCACUGACCCCAGGAGUCAGCACGCCCUACGUCUUCCAUACAAGCUGCCAGGCAUGCACUACAGUGCCAAUGAGCAGUGCCAGAUCCUGUUCGGCACCAAUGCUACCUUCUGCAGAAACAUGGAGCAUCUGAUGUGUGCUGGGCUGUGGUGCCUGGUGGAGGGAGAUACAUCCUGCAAGACCAAGCUGGACCCUCCCCUGGACGGCACCGAGUGUGGGGCAGACAAGUGGUGCCGGGCUGGGGAGUGUGUGAGCAAGACACCCAUCCCAGAACAUGUGGACGGGGACUGGAGCCCAUGGGGCACCUGGAGCAUGUGCAGCAGAACGUGUGGGACGGGAGCACGGUUCCGGCAGAGGAAGUGUGACAAUCCCCCCCCUGGGCCUGGAGGCACACACUGCCAGGGGGCCAGCGUAGAGCACGCCGCCUGUGAGAACCUGCCCUGCCCCAAGGGUGUGCCCAGCUUCCGGGACCAGCAGUGCCAAGCCCAUGACCGACUGAGUAGCAAGAAGAGGGGCCUGUUGACAGCGGUGGUGGUUGAUGAUAAGCCGUGUGAACUCUACUGCUCACCCCUUGGAAAGGAGUCCCCGCUGCUGGUGGCUGACAGGGUCCUGGAUGGCACGCCCUGCGGACCCUAUGAGACUGACCUCUGCGUGUAUGGCAGAUGCCAGAAAAUUGGCUGUGAUGGCAUCAUCGGGUCUGCGGCCAAAGAAGACAGAUGUGGUGUCUGUAGCGGGGAUGGCAAGACCUGCCGUGUGGUGAAGGGUGACUUCAGCCACUCCCGGGGGACAGGUUAUAUCGAAGCUGCUGUCAUUCCGGCCGGGGCUCGGAGGAUCCGCGUGGUAGAAGACAAGCCUGCUCACAGCUUCCUGGCUCUCAAAGACUCCAGUAAGAGAUCCAUCAACAGCGACUGGAAGAUCGAACUCCCUGGAGAGUUCCAGAUUGCGGGAACAACCGUCCGCUAUGUGAGAAGAGGCCUGUGGGAGAAAUUUUCAGCCAAGGGACCCACCACGGUGCCACUGCAUCUGAUGGUGCUGUUAUUUCAUGACCAGAACUAUGGAAUUCAUUACGAAUACACCAUACCAGUAAACCAGAGUGCUGAAAAUCAGAGCGAGCCCGCCAAGCCACAGGAUGCUCUGUUUCUCUGGACCCACAGUGGUUGGGAAGGGUGCAGUGUGCAGUGUGGAGGAGGAGAACGCAGGACCAUCGUAUCGUGCACCCGGAUUGUUAACAAGACCACAACCCUGGUGAAUGACAGUGACUGUCCCCCAGCAAGCCGCCCUGAGCCCCAGGUCCGAAGGUGCAACUCUCACCCAUGCCAGUCCCGGUGGGUGGCCGGUCAGUGGAGCCCCUGCUCAGCGACCUGUGAGAAGGGUCUCCAACAUCGGGAGGUGACUUGCAUGUACCAGCUACAGAACGGCACACAUGUCACUACUCGGCCCCUCUACUGCUCAGAACCCCGGCCGACACCAGUACAGAGCUGUGAAGGCCAGGACUGCCUGUCUAUCUGGGAGGCAUCAGAGUGGUCAGAGUGCUCCGCCAACUGUGGCAAGGGGACCCAGAAACGAACUGUGACAUGCACCAACUCUCAAGGGAAAUGUGAUGCGUCCACAAGGCCAAAAGCUGAGGAGGCGUGUGAGGACUACUCCGGCUGCUAUGAGUGGAAAACUGGAGACUGGUCUAAGUGCUCAUCGACCUGCGGGAAGGGGCUCCAGUCCCGUGUGGUACAGUGCAUGCACAAGGUGACUGGACGGCAUGGCAGUGACUGCCCCGCCCUCUCAAAGCCAGCAGCCUACCGACAGUGCCACCAGGAGGCUUGCAAUGACAAGAUUAAUGUGAACACCAUCACCUCCCCGCGCCUUGCUGCUCUGACCUACAAAUGCACACGGGACCAGUGGACGGUGUACUGCCGGGUCAUCCGAGAGAAGAACCUCUGCCAGGACAUGCGGUGGUACCAACGCUGCUGCCAGACCUGUAGGGACUUCUACGCAAAUAAGAUGCGCCAGCCGCCCUCUCCGCCAAGCUCUUGACCUACAGCACAGUGCUUGCUCAAUGCUCUGACUCAAGAUCUGAGGUCUGGCAGUUAGUGAGUGGAGAGCCCUCACCCUACCCAAAAGCACACCAGCCCUGCAGCCAGGACCCCCAAAGCACUCUUCUGCUCCCGCAAUAAGGCUGCCUCAAGAAAUCCAGUUGCCUGGAGCUAGAGAGCGGAGCUGACAUUACCAUUCGUCCUUUGAACUAAUAUAUGUUUAAUGGCCACUGGCUGGCUUGCUAAGGAAAAACUACACAGGAGUCACAAAGUAAUUUUAACUUCCAAGAUCCUAUGUACCUCAAAAGGGGCACCUCUGGCAGAUUAGUGAGAGACAGAGAGAGAGACAGAGACAGAGACAGAGAGAGAGAGAGAUUGAGAGAGAGAGAGAGAGAGAGAGAGAGAGAGAGAGAGAGAGAGAGAGA